CGCAAACUUCCUCUGCCUCUUGCGCGCGGCGCGUAUAUAUAUGUGUGUGCUCGUGGCGCUCUGGAGGGAGCUGGCCGGCUGCUGCUUGAUCGCGUGCGCCAGCCAUGCCCAUGCAAGGCCGCCUCCCCGUGCCCACGAUGGAGUCGGAGCUGCGGGCGCUCGCGUGGGCGGCGCUGCUCACCCCGGCGUGCGCGGCGUACGCGCGGUUCGCCGCCCGCCGCCUCCGCCCGGGCCUGCCGCGCCUGGCCGCGCUCUCCCCGACGUUCCCGGUGUUCGCGUACCUGCCCUGCACGUUCGCCUCCCUCCACCUGCGCCUCUUCUCCACCUUCUUCCACACUUGGCUCGCCGUCAACAAGCUCGUGCUCCUCGCUCUUGACCGCGGUCCGCUCCACCCCGGCCUCCCGCUGCUGCCGUUCGUCCUCUGCGCCGGCCUCCCCAUCAAGGUCCGCCUCGUGCAGAGCCGCCCGCCCGCCGGCAAGCAGCCGCCGCCGCCGCCGCCACCCGUCGCCGAGUUCCUCAGGCCCUGCUCCCGCAGCGCGCUGCUCCUCGGCUGCCUCGCCGCGGCGUACCCCUACACGGGGUGGCUCCCGCUCUACGCGCUCCACUACCUCUACUGCAUCCAGAUCUUCCUCACGCUCGACCUCGUGCUCUCCUCCGUCGCGCUCGCCUCCGCGGCGGUGCUGGGCGCCAGCAUGGAGCGCCACUUCAGCGCGCCGCUAGCCGUCACGUCGCUCAACGACUUCUGGGGCCGGCAGUGGAACCUGAUGGCCGUCGACCUCCUCCGCGCGUCGGCGUACGAGCCCGUGCGCGCGCGGUGGGGCCGGGACGCCGGCGUGCUGGCCGCGUUCCUCAUGUCGGGCCUGCUCCACGAGCUCCUCUACUGGUACCUCACGCUGCGGCGGCCCACGGGCGAGAUGCUGCUCUUCUUCAUGUUCCAGGCCGCGUCCCAGAUCGCCGAGCGCUGGGCCAGGGCGGCCGGGCUGUGGCGCCCGCCCAAGGCGGCGGCGUACCUCCUCGUCACCGUGUUCAUGGUGGUCACCAUCUCGGAGAUGUUCUUCGGGCCGUUCGUGAGAGCCGGCACGGACGUGCGCCUCACGGAGGAGACCACGGCGCUGGUGGCCAUGGUUUGGAGCACCGCGAAGCAUCUGAUCCGUCGUCCAUCUGGAGUAGCUUCAAGCUAGAGGCCGGUAGGCAGGCCAGAUUUCUUUUUGGGCCGUGCGCCGGAUCGAUUUAUGGGCAGCUUAGUGGUUAAAAUACUGACUGUAUCGUUGUGUUUUACACGGUAUAAUAAGGAAGAUUAAGUGAUUAUGGCCUGCGAAUUUAUUAAUGUGAAACAGAUUGGUCGCUGGAGCUGCACAUCGCCGGCGCUGCAAAAAGUGGAACCAUUGGCUGAAGACCCCACCCCCUCCUCUUGGACUGUCCGUUAUUAUUCGGCCCAAUAGCUAUUGUUAGGUAUGGACUAUUUGGUGUCUUUUUUUAAUCCUACUAGCACUCUAGCAGAUGCCCAUGUGCAGCACGCACAUAUUUUAAAAAUCCAGAUAGUUAUAGUAAAAGUUGACAUGUGGCAAUGAUAUAUAUUUUUAAAAAAUAAACCUAGUAAUGAUGUCAGUUAUAAGGCAAUUACCCAUAAAGGUAGUAUGCAAUCAAAUCACACGGAGAAGGUAAACCUGGUAUUUAACGGCAACAGAUCAGCCUUGUUAACAAGAAGCAUUGGCUCUUGUGUACAUCAAUUUCCUUUUACGUAUGCCUAGUAGGAUGUACGUGCGGCACACACAUGUUUAAAGAAUAAUGUUACGAAAAAAAACAAUCGCAUUAAAUUUUACUUGCAACAAGCAUUUUUAAGAAACUAUAUAUGAUGACUUGGCCCAAAAGGUCAGCUUCGCUUUUGUUUGACAGGUGUAAUAUAAACAGGCCUCAAUUUAUCAGCAGGUGCUCCAUUGGUCUCCUCUCAAGAUUCUACAAGACUUUCCUUUUCAGUAUCAGCAUCACAAUGUGAAACUGCUUCAGAUAGGUCUGGAGGAUUGAGCUUAGAAUUUUGUCUGAAUCAACGGCGGCCUUCUUCUUAGGCUUUGCAGCAAUGGACUAUGCCCCUUUCAUUGUGGCCACAUUUCAAUUGAUCAGUACAUACUACAUUUUCAGCACAGAAAGGUUGUUCGAGCUUAUCUUAUGUGGAAGGUAGUUUAUGAUUAGAGUCGUCAGUAUGAGCUGGGACUGCAACAUUGCCAAUAACAGUACAUCUAGUACCAAUUAUAGAAAGAACCAUCUUUGCUCAGGACGGCUAACAUCCUGAUUCCCCAGUUUCCCUUUGAUGGACCAGUAAUGUUGUUUUUCCAUUUCAUAUGCCACAAUUUGGGUGUCCUCUUUGAAGGAUUAAGAAAUACUGUAGCUUUUCACUGCACACGCCUAUCACCUUCUCAGCAAGUUCACAGGAAGGUAAAGAAGAUUCCUGGAAACAAGAUUAAACAGAUUAGAAUAUGUAAAUCGUUUCCUAUCAAUGUAAAUUCCGAGAAGCACUACACAAAACCAUGAAACAAGCUGAAAGAUCAUGAGACAUAUCUGCAUAUGCUUGAGACCUUAGUUUUUUAUAUCAUUCAAACAGCAACGGUAGAAGACAGCCAUUCCUCAGUCAUUUUUCUUACAUACAAGCCCACAUUGCUAGCUUAUUUUAACAUAUAAAAUCUAAUAUCACAUAUUCAGAUUGUUUAGUAUCCCUACAACCAAUAAAGAUUAAAUACCAUGAACUAUAACCCCGAGAAAAAAAAUAUAAAUUUGGUUUGACCACAACUCAUACAUCAUUCCAAAAUCAAAUAUAUUACGAUACAAAAAUAAGACUAAACCACACGUAAGGCCUGGCCAAUAAAAGAACAACAAACCUGAGUCAAAAUAUGUAAUA